UGAUAUAAAAUUUUAUUUAAAAUUCUAUAAAAUAUUAAAUUAGUGUCUGUAUUAUUAUUAAUUUAUUAUUAUCAUCGUUAUUACGUUGUUUAACCAUGCAUUUAUUAGUUUUAAUAUAGAUUUUGGUCAUGUUGGCUAUUUAAGUACAAACACUUUAUUAUAAUAGGAGUUCAAAGAAAUGAGGUGAAAUUAUUUUUGGAAAGAAACAAUAAGUUACAAUGCUGCCCUUGACGCAAAAGGAUACAAAAAUUUCGAGAGGGCCAAUUAGCGGAAUCCGGGAAAAAAUUAGUAACUGGUUUAGACUAAUUUAUUCUGAUCAAAAUUCCCGAAAUUUAUUUCUCUUCCUUAUAUUAAACUUGUCCUUUGCUUUUGUUGAGCUGUUUUAUGGUGUAUGGACAAAUAGCUUGGGUUUAAUAUCUGAUGCAUUCCAUAUGUUCUUUGACUGUACUGGAUUAGUUGCUGGCUUGACAGCAUCACUCAUAUCUAAAUGGCGAUCAAAUGAAAGAUUUUCAUAUGGAUAUGCCAGAGCAGAGGUUCUUGCUGGUUUUGUAAAUGGACUUUUCCUGUUAUUUAUUGCAUUCUUCAUCAUGAGUGAGGCUGUUGAAAGAGCAAUUGAACCACCAGAGGUGAAACAUGAAAGAUUACUCUUAGUAUCCAUUCUUGGAUUCAUGGUAAAUAUGGUCGGUAUAUAUGCCUUCCAUCACGGUCAUGGACACGGCCAUGGCGGCCACGGUCACUCACAUGGUGGGCAUGGUCACUCGCACAAUCAUGGCCACUCUCAUGAUGAUACUGAAGCGCCGACCGGUGCUGGAUCAGCCAUCAUGCGUGGAGUGUUUCUCCACGUCCUUGCGGAUACGUUGGGAUCAGUGGGAGUGAUUAUUUCAGCGAUUUUAAUGCGUAUGUUUGGUUGGAUGCGUGCUGACCCAAUAUGCUCGAUGGCUAUAGCAUUGUUAAUUGCCGCGAGUGUGAUACCGUUAAUAAAAGAUUCAGCGGGAGUGUUGAUGCAACGGACGCCUUCAUCGAUUGAGCGAUCUUUACCUAAUUUAUUUACGCGUGUGGUUGGCUUAGCCGGUGUGCAUGCAGUCCAGGAACCUCAUUUUUGGACUCUCUGUAGUGACGUUCACGUGGGUGCUAUAAAAUUAGAAGUCGCCAGGGAGGUAGACCCUCGAUAUAUCACUGAUCAAGCGGCCAGAAUUUUCCGAGACGCCGGCGUGAAACAUUUAACAGUACAAUUGGAUUAUUCCCCGCUUUGAUGAGUAAUCUUGUACGAUUUUGUUGUUAUGUACUUUUACGUUUAGAUAGUGUUUAUAAUUGUGCCCUAAAAUCGUAUUAUAUGUACAUACAGAUAGAAAGCUGAUUGUUACUACCAGUUUUAUAAUAGUUCAACCAGAAGCUAGCAGAAGCAGAUGUGUGUAUGUUUAGUGAUUUGCUCAGUCCACCAAAAUAUUUAAAAUGUUUUUGUAUUUAAGCUUAAGUAGUAAUGAGAUUGAAUAAUUAGUUACCACAAAAAAUUAAAACCAUUUCGCACUGUAAGAUUUUAUCUCGUUACUUGAUAUAUACUAUAAAUUUUGUAUUAUUGUCAAGCACAAAAGGCAAAAUUACAGCUAUUUAUUAUGAACCGUUUACUACAGUGAAACGAUUUCAUUACUUUUUAUCUAUGGAAACAAUUUUCACAUAAAAUAGCUUUUCAUUGUUAGAUAGGCGCCCAAUACAGGAGCAUUCAUUCUAGCUGAUCUUUUCAACGAAUUUAUUAUCAAUCGCUAUAAAAAGCUGCCAUUAUGAAACGUUUAUCUGUAUUGUACAAUUACCAAUUGUUGUUAAGAACUAAACAAAUAUGUUUUCAUUUAAAAAAUGAUUUGAGUGCAUUUUUUGGAGAAUUUACUCGUUUCAUCAAAUUAAUCUUUCCCAAACAAAGUUUUAAAUAAAAAGUUAUCCGUUUUAUUACUAAAAUUAUAAAUAUCUGCACUUAUUAAAAAAAAGGGUAAUUUAUUGAAAUUUUGUUUUAUAAAUAUGUAAACAUUCCACUAUUGCUAUUUAUGAUUUCCGAGAAUAGUAAAGUUAAUCUCGAAAAAAGUCGGCCAUUUCACGAUCUUUAAUUGUGGAUUUUGUUUAACUUCUGCUUAACAAUAAAAUUGAUAAUAAGAAUAAUUCUACCAAUAGUUACUACCUUUUAUAACUGAAUCGAUCUAAUAAGAUUGAGAUUCACCAUAUAAUUCUACAAUAACCCGAUGCUUUUAUCUUUUACAUUCGGUAAUUAUUUUAUAGCAGAAAUAUUUUCUAAGUUUAUCAAUAACCUUUGUUACAUAUAAUGUAUGUUUUGUUGUUGUAAAAAACUGUGUCACAAAAUUAUUUAUCUUAUUUUUGUAAAUGAGAAGAUAAUAAUUUAAUUUUUUCUACAUACUGAUGUAAUUUUCCUGCCAAUUAGAUUUGUUUCUUGUUUAUUCAUUAAUAAAUCAUUUGGCUUUGCAAUCUAAUUAUGAAAGGUUUAAAAAAAAUAGUAUUACCAAUAAAAUCAAUUUUAUUAUU